GCCCCCCUCCGCGGGCCUAGUGGGUUGUCCGCAGCUGGUUUGGCUUGUUUGAGUUUUUGUCGCUCCUGGGCUUUUAUGCGAAGUCUCCUUCACGACGGCUGCAGCCAUGGUGCUCAAAGCGGUCUUUAAAAAGCUGGUCGACAAAAGGGUGGUGCUGGCAAGCGGCUCUCCGCGCAGGCAGGAGAUCCUAAAUAACGCGGGUCUCCGGUUUGAAGUUGUUCCGUCAUGGUUCAAAGAAACACUUGACAAAUCAACUUUUUCAGCCCCAUAUCAAUAUGCUGUAGAAACUGCAAAACAGAAGGCACUUGAAGUGGCAAAUAGAAUGCAUGUGAAACAUCUUCAAACACCAGAUAUUGUUAUUGGAGCAGACACUAUAGUGACUAUAGAAGAACAAAUUUUGGAAAAACCAGUGGACAAACAGGAUGCCUAUAAGAUGCUUUCCAGGUUAAGUGGCAAAGAACAUAGUGUUGUCACAGGUGUUGCAAUUGUUCACUGCAGUAGUAAAGAUGAUUAUCUAGACACUGGAGUCACUGAGUUCUUUGAAGAAACAAAAGUCAAAUUUGCCGAACUCUCUGAGGAACUUCUGUGGGAGUAUAUCCACAGCGGUGAGCCAAUGGACAAAGCUGGUGGAUAUGGGAUCCAAGCCCUUGGGGGAAUGUUGGUGGAAUAUAUUCAUGGAGAUUUCUUGAAUGUGGUCGGGUUUCCUUUGAAUCACUUCUGCAAAAAGUUAGGUGAACUGUAUUAUCCACCUCCAAAGCACACCAUACAUCAUAUAAAAUAUGACUCUAUCCCUUCAGUGGAGACUUUUGAGAUUCUAAGUGAUGGAGACUGUGAUUCUUCAGAUACGGAUUCUUCAAAAAUGGAAGGUGCCAAAGGGCUAACAAAUGGUGAACUUGUGGAAUUAGGAAAAUGCAAAGAAAGCAAUUCUAGUUAUAAGAUACCUAUGGAAAUUCAAAAUGGAGUACCAAGAAAUGUAACCCAGUGCCUCUCUAAACUUACACAUCUUCUGGAUGGAUUUAAAGGCUCAAAGGUUUUAUUUGUGGCAUGUAAGCUGAAAAUAUUUGAUCUUCUUAAAGAUAGGGGCUCUGUGACCACAGAAGAUGUGGCAAAUCAACUUAAUAUUUCCCUACGUGGAACAGAAAGAUUACUUGAUGCCUGUGCUUCUCUUGGCCUGUUGGAAAAGAAUCAUCAAGGUUACAGUAAUGCAGAACUGACAAGUCUAUGCCUGGUAUCCGAUAGUGAAUAUUCACUUCAUGACUACAUUCUUCAUUGUAAUGACCAUCUGUGGCCUUUGUUUACUCAUUUGGAGCUAGCAGUUAAAGAAGGAGCUUCACAGAUACAUCAUACAUCUGAGAAGAAAGUGAAUGAUUUGUUUCAGGAUUUCCACUGUCAGUCUGCAGAGGUUAAGCAACGUUUUAUGAGAGCCAUGGACAGCAGUUCCAAAGUGACAGCAAGAGACAUCAGCACAGCUUUUGAUCUUUCACAAUUCAAAGUUGUAUGUGAUUUGGGAGGUUGCACUGGAGCUUUAGCUUAUGAUUUAGUCCAGAUCUACCCAGAAAUGCAAGUCAUUGUCCUUGAUCUUCCUGAAGUUAUUACAGAUGUCACCCGCUGUCAACUUUCAAGACAAAAUGCUUGUGAAGUAUCCUUUGUAUCAGGUGAUAUUUUCAAAGAUAAUCUUCCAGAAGCAGAUCUUUAUAUUCUUUCAAGGGUUUUACAUCAUUAUUCUGAGGAAAAGAUUUCUCUACUGUUAAACAAACUCUCUGCUCUUUCCAAGCAAGGAAUUGCGCUGCUGAUAGCAGAGAUAAUGCUUGAUGAAAAGCGAAUAAAACCUGCUAGAGCUGUUUUCCAGUCUCUCAGUAUGACAGAAGGCAAGGAAAGAAAUACAUUGGAAUACAAACAGUUACUAGAAGAACAUGGAUUCAGUAAUGUACAGAUUAAAAUAACAGGCAAUCUGCUAGAUGUAAUUUUGUGCUCUAAGAAACCAUCUUUCUAGUACACUAAAUAGUACUGAAUUUAUUAUUUCAGUUUUCUGAAUACUGUGUUUCUAUUUCUGAUUAUGGUGUCUCUGAAUUGUUACAGUGGUGAAUUGUAUGUAAAAGCUAUUCCACUUUUUAUUAUUUGUUAAAAACUGAACUAAAUGUAAUUUCCUCCUGAAAAGUCCUGCCUGUUUUUGUAACUAAUAGUAAUUGAUAGCAUUAAAUCAUUUCUCAUUUU